AUGAACCUCUUUUCAACACGGGACACUCUUUACCAUCGAGAGCAGAAGAAAAAGGUCGCGCACGCUUACAGCUUGACCAGUCUUCUCGGAUCCGAAGAGGCAAUGGAUUCCUGCACUGAACUCUUCACUUCACGCCUCGACGAAUGGGCCACGACAGAUAAGCCCAUUGAUCUAGGCACGUGGCUUCAGUAUUACGCUUUCGACGUCGUUGGUGAAGUAACCUUCGCACAGAAGCUAGGGUUUUUGGAGACUGGUGCAGAUGUUGACGGCAUGAUGGAGACCAUUGAGGGUAUCCUCUUCUACGCAGCUUUGUGUGGGCAGGUGCCUGAGAUGCACCCAUUUCUUCUGGGUAACCCAUUGUUUCCGUAUUUGAUUCCAGCCAUGGAGUCAUGGAAUGCCGUGUUGACCUUCACCCUAAAGGCCAUCAAUUCUCGGACAACUAUCCAACGGGACGGUGAACUGGAGCUUAACGAUGACGGAGGCAGGGACUUCCUGUCAAAGUGGGCUGCAGUCAAGAAAAGGGAUCCGCUCAAGAUGAGUACCCGAGACGUUAUUACACAUCUCUCAACCAACGUAUUUGCCGGCUCAGAUACUACCGCCAUCGCUCUCAGAGCAAUUGUUUACUUCCUCAUCAAACAUCCAGAAAAUAUGAGAAUGGUUGUAGAAGAGAUCGACACAGCCAAUAAAAGCGGAAAGCUCAGCGACCCUAUCUCAUACAAGGAAUCCACUGGUCAUCUGCCAUACAUGGGAGCUGUGAUCAAAGAAGCGAUGCGGCUGCAUCCCUCUGUCGGGCUCCUCAUGGAGCGGCAUGUCCCGCCCCAGGGCGCAGAGAUAUGCGGGCAGUUCAUUCCUGGAGGCACAGUCGUCGGCAUCAACCCAUGGGUUCUUCACUCGGACCCCAGAGUGUACAAGGAUCCUGAAUCCUUCAUUCCUGAGCGCUGGUUAACUACAGACGCGGGGUUGCUCUCCAAGAUGGAAAAUAGUUUUUUGACUUUUGGCGCAGGCUCGCGAACUUGUAUUGGAAAGUACAUUAGUCUGAUGGAAAUGCACAAGGUGAUGCCGCAGUUACUUAGGAGGUAUACUAUCAAGUUGGAGGAUCCCAAGGCUGAGUGGCGAACAUCGAACCGUUGGUUCGUACAGCAACAUGGGCUUAUUUGCACCCUGAAGAAAAGAACAUGA